UGUAUGGAACAGAGAAGUGCGAAUCUCCUUUUGUGUCCCACACAAGAAAGAAAGCCAUACUUGUUUUUGAACAACAUGAGGCUGUCUCGGCACAUUACGAGAGAUCAGCGACGUCUUGACCGAAUGCACUGGAAAUCAGAUUGCCAGGUCUUUGGAUCUUCGAGGACACCCGAGACAGGCUUUCCAUUAAAGCAUGAAUGUCACACUCCCAUCUUAGAACAGCUGAAGAAACGUGUGUGCAGUAAUCGGAGCGGCCCGCUGGGACCUCGCAGAACAUCUUAUUCAGUACAGGCCAAACAAACAAAGAUGGAGUCUGACAGUGAAGAGAAUCGCAGCGAAACAUGUGAUGGCACAAUUCUGCCUGACUGCAUCGCUGAGGCGCCCAGCUCGCACCUCGGAGCGGGUAAAAAGCGCGCGGCCGCAGAAGGGGUCCGCGGGGCGCCAGUCAACAAGAGGAAAUCUCUCCUGAUGAAGCCCCGCCACUACAGUCCCAGCCCCUGCCCCAGCGAGGAAGACCUGGCAAGCGCUCGGGACAAAGACGCGCCCAGGAACACUGACACUCCAGCAGAUGAGGAACUCAACGGCAGUGAUGUUCUGGAAGACACUGUCUAUCACAACGCAAACUCUCACCACUUGUUGUCAUGGUCGGAACAAACGAGCGAGGGUUCGCCAGACCUGAUGGCUCAGAUAUCCGAGCACCAGACCGAGCAAGAAGAGGAGGAACACAACCAGGACUUUGAAGACCAAAAUCAGGAGGAGAUCAGAGCCAACUAUCACCUUUCUCCAGACAGAGAGGCAGACGAGGAAGAAUGGAGCGUUCCUCCGUCUCUAACGAAAGUCAACGGGAUCCAUCACAGCCCCAGUCCACCUGCAGACGACGCUUUCAUAAAGAGACUCCGAAUAGGUCAGCAGUUCCACGAAGAUGCUCUUUCUGCUUACAUCAACAGAAACAGUGCUGGGAACUUUAUGGAGGAGUAUGGCUCUGUGCGAGAGUUCAGCGACAGUGAGGAGGAGCUCCAGACGCCCAGGAUUGAGGAGCGAGGAGGUGUUUGGGGUCCAGGUCUGAUGGCCAGACGUCUGGAGCUGGACAGAGCCCGGCUGAACCUCAGUCUUCUAGAGCAGGCCAUGGUGCUGCAGUCUGAACAUAGACAGGUCAUCCAAAGUGCCUACAAAGACAUGGACCGCUUCCUCCUGGAGCAGAUGAACCAUGAUCGGAGGCAGCAGAGGAUGCUGGAGAUAGACGCUCGCUCCAUGUACCACAGCAGCAAAGACUCCCCUCGGACAGAAAAGAAAGACAUCAAAUGUCCGACCCCGGGCUGUGACGGGACGGGUCACGUGACAGGCCUCUACCCUCAUCACCGGAGUCUAUCAGGAUGUCCCCACAAAGUCAGAGUGCCCCCAGAGAUCCUUGCCAUGCACGAAAACGUCCUUAAAUGUCCGACCCCUGGCUGUACAGGAAGAGGUCAUGUCAACAGUAACCGUAGCACGCAUAGAAGUCUCUCAGGCUGCCCGAUAGCGGCUGCGGAAAAGAUCUCCAAACCGCAGGAGGAGCCCACAAAGUGCAGACAGAGCGCAGAGAGAAUGGCCAGGCCUUUAGGAAACAUGAAGAAAUUUGACUUCACAUACAGAUUUGCUCAUCCUAUGGCAGCGUUGCAGGCCAGCAUGGCCAAAGACAUGGACAAGUACACUAAAGGCCAUUUUGACUACGCCAGUUUUGACGCCCAGGUCUUUGGCAAGCAAGCUCAGAUGGCAUCCGACCAGAGUCACGAAUCUUCACACUUUCCUGACUCCGCUCAGUUCCCUUAUUUUCUGGCUCCUGGUGGUCAUAUGAUCAUGCCCGGAGACAACAGCCCCAUUCGCCAUAAAGCCCAAAGCAACGCCCUCCAGUCCAACAUGGCAUCCGCAGCCAUCCUCAACCUCUCCACCCGUUGCCGAGACAACAGCGAGGCCCUGCCCCCCAGCCGGCCCCUGGCAUCAUCCACAAAGGACUCGCUCAUUGAGGUAGACGAGAACGGAACGCUGGAUUUAAGUAUGAAGAAAAAGAGAGAAAAGUCGCGAGACUCUCCUGUGAUGCCAGUGUUGGGGGACGCUCUUUUCACCCCACCCGAACACUCUCUAGCCAAAGCUGCGGGUCUCCAGAUCUCUCCAGCCAUCUACCACGUCCUCUAUGAGCGGGAUGCCUGGGACACGCCGCUGAACUUCAGCAAAACACCCGUGCAACAGGACAAAGAGAUGGAUCAGUUGGAGAAGGCGUCUCUAGAGGAUAAAGCGUACAAUGGGGACGCUAACAUGGCAAAUGCAAAAAACAAGAUGCUCAUAAGAGACACCAAAAAAGAGCUGAUGAGUUGUCCGACACCAGGUUGUGAUGGCAGUGGUCACGUGACAGGAAAUUACGCGUCGCACCGAAGUGUAUCUGGUUGCCCAUUGGCUGAUAAGACCCUGAAAUCACUAAUGGCUGCUAAUUCUCAAGAGCUAAAGUGCCCGACUCCUGGUUGUGACGGCUCAGGUCAUGUGACGGGAAACUAUGCAUCUCAUAGGAGUCUGUCAGGAUGCCCUCGUGCCAGGAAAGGAAGCUUGAAGCUCACGCCAAGCAAAGAGGACAAAGAAGAGCCGGAGAUGAAGUGCCCGGUGUCAGGGUGUGACGGGCAGGGCCACGUGUCGGGUAAAUACACGUCCCAUCGCAGCGCUGGAAGCUGUCCCAUCGCCAGCAAGCAGCAGAAGGAGAGCUCCGUCAACGGGUCGGCCUUCUCCUGGAAGAUCUGCAAACAGGAGCUUCCUCACUGCCCUCUGCCCGGCUGCAACGGCCUGGGUCACGCCAACAACGUCUUCGUCACGCACAGGAGUUUGUCAGGAUGUCCACUGAACGCCCAGAGCAUCAAGAAGAAGCUCUCCGAGGACGAGAUGAUGACCAUCAAACUCAAAACCAGCAGUGGUAUUGAGAACAAUGAAGACAUGCAGCACUUGGAUCAUGAAAUAAAGGAGCUAAAUGAAUCCAAUCUGAAGAUAGAAGCAGACAUGAUGCAGCUCCAGACUCAGAUUUCAUCCAUGGAGUGCAACCUAAAGACCAUCGAGGAGGAGAAUAAGAUAAUUGAGCAGCACAACGACAGUCUGUUGAAGGAGUUAGCGCGUCUCAGUCAAGCACUUAUCAACAGUCUCACAGAUAUACAGCUGCCGCAAAUGGGUCCGAUAAAUGAACAGAACUUCGAAGCCUACGUGAACACACUGACGGAUAUGUACAACACUUCAGAGCACGAGUACUCGCCAGAAUGCAAAGCCUUAUUGGACAGCAUCAGACAGGCCAUAAAGGGCAUCCACGUAUAAGGCCAAACUCUUUCACGGGGGGCUGGCUUUGUGAUAUGUGCAAGAUGUGUCUCGUUUAAAUUGCUCCAUUCCACGACAAACUCAUUGCACUGAAAAAUACCAGCCACAUUUUUACAGCUCAAUGUUCCUUGUAGUGAGAUUUGACCUCCUUUUGCACUUAUUUAUUUCCUAUGGUUUGCUUGACUUUAUUCCGUAUUGUUCUUUUGCGUGUUGUUCUAUUAUUGCUGCAUAUUAUCUUUAUUCAUCGGUACUAUUUAUCUCACAGUAAUCUUAUUUAUUUAUUGAUUUAUUUAUUUAUUGCUAUCAUAAUUGUUGUUUUUCUGUUUCGUUCCUGCAACUCCAAAAAUGCAAGGCCAAUCUUACAUAUUGUGAAUUUUAAUUUAUUUGACAUUUACCUGCGUUUGUUGUACAAUAACUCGCUGGCAUUCGUGAUGAUGAUGAUGAUUUCUUUUUUUUUCCUUCUACUUUUUUUAGUAACGCAGAUGUCAAAUGUGAGAAUAGUCCACUUGCGCCACCUGUUGGUGAGCAGCUGUCAUUGCUCCAUUAGAGCCGUAUGGGUUAUUUUUUAACGAAUCCACAAAUGGCAUCAUUUGUUUCCAUGCAUAAAUCUGUAUUCUAAUAAGCGAGCGAGCGAGCGAAAAGAAAAAUAUUUUAUCUCCAAUUUUAGACUCUUGGAACUACUGUACAGUGACACUUGACCAGAGCAAAAAUCAAACCAUCCAGGAAGAAGGACAUCAUCAUUUAUUUCCGUUUCUGCUCAUAUGAACUGCCUUUGGUGUGCACAUCCAUGUGUGUGCAUAUAUGUGCCUAAAUGUAAAUGAGUACAUGGAAUAUGAUAUGUUUUGUGGUAGAGCAGUAUUACGUGAAUGGUGAUUCAUUUUAUUCUGCAGUAUAUUUAUUUUCUGAAUGAAAAGCCUCUAAACUCUGUUUACCUACAGUUUAUACGCCAUUUUAAGUAUGUAAUAAUAUUCUUGUAAAAAAAAAAGAAAAAAAAGAAGUGUUUUAUGAUCAGGCACAAUACUUUUUUUUUAUUUUAUUUUCUGAACUCCUCAACCUUUGGCUUCUUCUGUGAGACAAACAGUGGGCUCUCGAUCUUUUCUCAAAGCACUUCAUGUCUUUAACCCACUAAAAUAUGGACAAAUCCACAGCGAAACAACUGCAAUAGAGAGUAAGCUUUCCAUUAUGACACUUGAUUUAGCGUUGAAAUGCAGGGCCGCUGUUAUUGGAGGCAUUUGCUGUGUGUUACGAUCACAAACGGCCUUGUUCUGGCACUUUUAAAGCUUUCUCUAACACUAAACGUACCCUUUUUGCACUUUUAUUCUGUUAUUUAGUGUUCAUUUGAGCGGGUCACAAGUGUGUGGUCGGUGCAGGUUUAAUCUAGUUUUACAUUGAUGUCAAAAACGGUGUUUAAGCAAAUUUGCAGGUCAUUCAGAGGAAAUAAAAACACUAUAUUAUCUGACCAAACGAGCAUAAUGAAUUGUACUGAAUCCGUUUUUGUUUGAAAUCCUAAAUUACUGUAUAAUUUAGAAAUAUUUCUGUUUAAAUGAUUUGUAAUUGCUAAUUUUUAAUUUAUAAACCACAGAUUGUUUGCUCAGGAAGUUUUGUGAGGAAUAUUUAUUUUUUUUUUUUUUUUGUUGUAUUUGAUGUUUUGUAAUGUGAUAAGAUUUUUUUGUGGGAAAGAAAAAAAUAGUAAAAUACACGGUACUGUAAAUGAUUUAGUUUGUUUUUGUUUUUUUAAAAAAAAAUGUUUUUUUGUUUUUUUUUAGUUCGAGUAGUUUGUAUAUCAGGAUUUCCUUACACUUUUAAAAUUUCAUAAGCAGUACUGCGCUGUGUUGUACAGUUUGUGUAUGGUAGAAAUAAACUAUUGAAAUGAUCUGCUUAGCGCUCAUUGUACAGUGGCUCAUAUAAAAAUAUUAUUUAUAUAAAAAUA